AUGGCCGCUACUAAGGGUGCGCCUCGCUCCGGCCUCAUUGUCGGCAUCAACCAUGGACACAAAACCACCCCCCGCGUCGCCAGCAAGCGCGUGAGCCGCAUGAAGGGUCGCUCUAGCAAGCGCACUGACUUCGUGCGCUCGCUCAUCAAGGAGGUUGCCGGUCUGGCUCCCUACGAGAAGCGCAUCGUCGAGUUGAUCCGCAACGGAAAGGACAAGCGCAGCCGAAAGCUCGCUAAGAAGAGACUGGGAACUUUCGGCCGUUCCAAGGCCAAGGUGGAGGAGCUGCAGCGGAUGAUCGCCGAGUCUCGUCGUGCUCACUAAAUCGUGUCGACGAGUGCUGCCCUCUGAUGGGUAUUACGCAUGGCCCAGGCGUUUGGCGCAGUAUACCCGAUGGGUGGAUCAAGAUGCUGGCUACGACCUACAUGUGGACGGCGAUGAAGCAGGCAGAACGCAUCCAGGCCUUCCUACGUGUGGAGUGAGCGGUACCAGAAGACUCGGGUCGCAGGGUUGCGAACACACAAAAAACGAGGAUGGCGAGAGGAAUUGACUUGAUGAGCCCGGGUAGAUGUCCAAACAACAAUUCUUUCUUCUGAAGUGUUGUCCGUCUUUGUCUUGAUGCAUGCAAGCCAU